AUGUCCGAAUGGAAGAACAAGCCCACCUUCCCCCCCGGCUUCCAAUACUCCAGCUUCGCCGACGCAACCACUGUCACGCCCGCAGACGUCGACAGCAGCCUCCCCCCCAACUCCGGCGUCUAUACCGCUGACCUCAAGCGCGACUGGUGCAUUGGCUUCGUCCCCCACGGCGGCUACCUCACCGCCCUUCUCCUCAAGAGCGCCCACAAACACAUCACCACCCACCCCGCCCUCGCACCACUCAAUCAGCCGCACGCAAUCCACAUCUCCUGCACAUUCUUCAACUCGUGCACCCCCGGCGCCGCCCGCAUCGCCAUCACGCCCGUCAAGACCGGCCGGCAGUACAGCUUCCUUCGCGCAACGCUCACGCAGAACGGCGGGGAGCGGCUCUGCUUCGAGGGGCUAAUCCCAUUCACGAAUCUCGAGACUCUGCAGACUGGCCCAACGCUGCCAACCGCGUCCACGCUGCCGCGAAGAGGCAUUCCGGAUCGGGAGACAGAGUGUGUGCAGGCGCCGAACGCGAGCGAUCCGCGGGUGGAUGUGCGGCCGGCGUCGCGGAAGCUUAUUUAUGCGGUGCCGGCGGUGGGGGCGCGCACGUAUGGCAGCCUUGAGGGGUCGCCGAGUGUGCGGGAGCAGUGGGUGUCUCUGAAGGAUGGGGGGAGCAUGGAUGUUCCCGCGCUAGGGUUCUUGAGUGAUAUGUACCUCCCGAUACCGGAGAACUACAAAGAGACCUCCCGGACGCACUGGUAUCCGACGCUCUCGCUGAAGGUCGAGGUGAAGCGCAUCCCGCCGCCGGAGGGAUGGAAGUGGCUGUUCUGCCGUAUCGAGGCGCGCGAGAUCCGGAAUGGCCGCAUGGACGUCAUGGUGGAUAUCUAUGACGAGGAUAAGAACCUGGUCGCCAUCGCGAGCCAGCUGGCGAUCAUUGUCAGCAGUGACAGAAAUAAACCGAAAAAUUUAGUACCGGCGAAGCUUUAG